UAUUCUAAUUUGUUAGCACAUGAGGAAACUUCCUUUUUGGUUUCUUGUUUUCACUGCCCAUAAAUUUUGCUGCUAACCAACCUGAACAGGUUAAAAACGAAGCUUAAACCAUACUGUCUUUCCAGUUUGAACAAGAAAAUGAGAAAGCGUCCUGGUCUUUAUGAUGAUAUUGGCAAAAAGGCCAGAGGUUAUAUAUAUACAUAUCAUCUUCUGGUGAUCGCAUUUUUUUUUAUUAUAUCUCUGCUUUUAACUUUACUUACACAUUUGUUUUCACUAGAUCUUCUCCACAGGAAUUAUGCUCAUCAACCACCAAACCACUAUCACGACCAGUGCAUUGACUGGAAUCUUGAUUUCUCCUGUCAAUUUGGAGAGAUUAUACCAGGACUUAAGGCAGCUAUCAGAUUGAUAAUUCCUGAUUCUACCAGGGCAGAAUUGCGGUACGUGCACGACUACAUUGGAAUUAAUGCAGGGCUUGGAUUAAAAGCAAAUACUUCUAAAGAAUUUGACCCAAUUGUAUACUUCUCAGGAGUUGUAGGAACCACCCUUUUCUCCAUGGGCACAGCCCUUGGUUUUGAUAUGUCAACAAGAGCUCUCAACAAAUUCAACAUCGGCUUCACUUUCAACACUGACUCUUUGCUUACAUCCCUCAGCCUCAAUGACAAAUUUGACAGUCUAGAAGCUGCGAUGCACUAUACGUUCAACCACAGGACAACAAUUGCAGCAGAGGUGAAGCACAACGUUUCGGAAGAGUGGACGACGGUGACAAUUGGGGCACAGCACGCGGUGUUUCCAUUUACAUUGGUGAAGGCUCGUGCCAACACCGAUGGCAGAGUUGGCGCGCUUGUUCGGCAACAUGUGUGCGAAAAGCUCUAUAUUGCCAUCUCCGGAGAGGUAGAUAUCAAAACUGUAAAAUCCAAGACGCCGAAGCUUGGAUUUUCUAUGGCUCUCUCGCCAUAGCUAGACCUUUUUCCCGUUCUGCAAACCAUAAUAUUGUAAUUUGAGGCCAUAUAUACAUAUAUAUAGUGUUUGUUGAGGAGGCAAAUGCAAAGCGAAAGAUUUUACUUGAAGAUCCAAUUUCACAUGCCAAAUAUAUAUAUACACAUAUAA